UGCUACGAACGAAGGAGAAAGAUCGUAAUUGAAGGUAGACCAACCGGAGAGAAAUGGGGACGACGACGGCGCUGGCGCCGGGGCUGUCAAGGAAGCUGAAGAAAGUUCUGGAAACUCGCACCGAUAAUCCAGAUCUGUUGGCUUCUCUCAAUACACUCUCCACUUUCUAUACCGAUAACACUGCUCCGGCUCGCCGUAACCUCCGAUCAACUAUCGAGAAGCGUUCUCUGUCUAUAAAUCACGACUUCCUCMUUGCUUCCGAUGCCGCCCAGCAGGCUUUGGAUCGGGUGGAGGAAGAGGUUAAUUCUCUAGCCGAAUGCUGUGACAAAAUUGCCAAAUCCUUGAGCAACUGUAAUUCCACUACUGGAGAUAUUAUCACUACAACAGAAAGACUCAAACAGGAACUUGAAGUGACCACUCAGAGGCAAGAGAUUGCAUCAUGCUUCCUUCGAGAUUAUCAAGUUUCUACUGAAGAGAUAAAUGCACUAAGGGAGGAAGAACUGAAUGAAAACUUUUUCAAGGCACUGAGCCAUGUACAAACAAUCCAUGCAAAUUGCAAAGUCCUACUCAGGACCCAUCAUCAGCGUGCAGGUUUGGAGCUCAUGGAUAUGAUGGCUGUUUACCAAGAAGGUGCCUAUGAACGCCUGUGCAGGUGGGUUCAGACAGAGUGUAGGAGAUUGGGUGACACUGAUAAUCCUGAAGUUAGCGAGCUGCUUAAAAUGGCAGUUCGCUGUCUCAGAGAAAGACCUGUACUGUUCAAGUAUUGUGCAGAAGAGGUAGCAAAUAUGAGGCACAAUGCCCUGUUUAGGAGAUUUAUAAGUGCUCUUACACGUGGAGGACCUGGUGGAAUGCCCAGGCCGAUCGAAGUACAUGCUCAUGACCCGCUACGCUAUGUAGGUGACAUGCUAGGUUGGCUGCAUCAGGCCCUUGCAUCUGAAAGAGAACUUGUAUUUGUGUUGCUUGAUCCUGAUGCAGUAGUGGAUACUGGACCAACUGCUCGUCGAUUCUCCAAAAGCACAGAGAUUAUCCAAGAUAAAGCAGAACCUGACUUGACAUUCGUUUUGGAUAGGAUCUUUGAGGGUGUUUGCCGGCCUUUUAAAGUUAGAGUUGAACAAGUGUUGCAGUCUCAACCCAAUCUCAUAAUCUCAUACAAGCUUAGCAAUACCCUCGAGUUCUACAGCCACACGGUGUCAGAUCUGCUAGGGAGAGAAACUGCUCUUUGUAAUACACUUUGGGCUCUUAAGGAUGCUGCUCAGAAAACCUUUUUUGACAUUUUAAAAGUUCGAGGGGAGAAGCUUUUGCGAUAUCCCCCACUAGUUGCUGUUGAUCUUUCCCCACCACCAGCAGUCAGGGAAGGAGUCUCUGUGUUGCAUGAACUAAUUGAGAUUCAUGACAGCAUGAUGGUUCCUGCAUCAGGGAAAAAGCCAAUAUUUGAUCCAGUAAUAUCUGCUUUGCUUGAUCCUAUAAUACAGAUUUGUGAGCAAGCAAUGGAAGCACACAGGUCAAAGGGAUCUAUUGAGUCAGCUAGAAGAGGUAGAACGAGGUCUGACGUGGCCCAAUCACGAAGAUCAUCUGUUGAUGCUAUUUUGGCAAGUAGCAGCCAAGUACCUCCAUCUAAGAACAACGAAGCACCGUCAAGGAUUUUUAUUAUCAAUUGCUUAUGUGCCAUCCAACAACCAUUGUUGAGGCAUGACGUGGCUUCCGAAUACGUGAAAAAACUGGGAACAAUGAUCGAUAAUCACAUGCGCAGCUUGGUGGAGAAAGAAGUGAGUGCCAUAUUAAGUAGAUGUGGCUUGUCAAACAAAAUGCCUCUUUUCCACAACUCACUUGCACCAUUAGCUGACAUGGAAGAAACAUCACCUGCAUCUCUCUCCGACUCUCUUAAAGCUUUCUUCGGACUCAUUUUGGGAAGCGACACCUCUCUGCCAGAAUUCCAACAGAUGCAGCUUCCAGGGCUGCGGUCCGACGCUUGUGUCCACGUCGCCCGAUCCCUGGCCGAGGCUUAUGAUGUUAUUUAUAAUGCAAUUAUGGAUCCCAACAACGGUUACACUGAUCCUAGGUCAUUAGCCAGGCACCCACCCGAUCAGAUUCGGACCAUUUUGGGGAUUUAACUUGUAUUAAUUUGUGAGAAUAAUUUCUUCAUUAAACUCAAUGUUUUUGCUUUAUCACAGACACCAUGAUUGACCAA